CCGUCGCUGGAUUUAGGCCGUCGGGCGGCGGCUCCUGGGUCAGAGGCCGUCUCCAACCUUCGGCGCUCGGCUUGGAGGAUGGAUUCGGGGCCCGGGAACGACUCGGCGCCUCUGGCCGGCUUGGCCUGGUCAUCGGCCUCGGCGCCCCCGCCGCGAGGGUUCAGCGCGAUCUCUUGCACCGUCGAGGGGACGCCGGCCAGCUUCAGCAAGAGCUUCGCGCAGAAAUCCGGCUACUUUCUGUGUCUCAGCCCCCUGGGCAGCCUCGAGAACCCGCAGGAGAACGUGGUGGCCGAGAUCCAGGUCCUGGUGGACAAAAGUCCCCUUCCACCCGGCUUCUCCCCGGUCUGCGACCCCCAGGAUUCCAGGGCCUCAGUGUCCAAGAAGAAACGCAUGUGUGUGAAGCUGGUGCCCCUGGGGGCUGCAGACACGGCCGUGUUUGACGUCUGCCUGAGCGGGAAGACCAAGACGGUGCCUGGAUACCUACGAGUAGGGGAUAUGGGUGGCUUUGCCAUCUGGUGCAAGAAGGCCAAGGCCCCGCGGCCAGUGCCCAAGCCCCGCGGGCUCAGCCGGGACAUGCAGGGCCUCUCCUUGGACCCUCCGGGCCAGCCCAGCAAGGGCAGCUUCCCAGAGCGGACACUUUCGCGGCUAGGCUCACGGACGUCCACCUUACGGAGGAAUGAUUCCAUCUAUGAGGGCUCCAGCCUCUAUGGCAUCUCAGCCAUGGAUGGGGUUCCCUUCACGCUGCACCCCAGAUUCGAGGGCAAGAGCUGUGGCCCCCUGGCCUUCUCUGCCUUUGCUGACCUGACCAUCAAGUCACUGGCAGACAUUGAGGAGGAGUACAACUACGGCUUUGUGGUGGAGAAGACGGCAGCUGCCCGCCUGCCCCCCAGCGUCUCAUAGCCCCUCGCCCACCCCGGGAUCCCCUGCCUGACACUGCAGCCAGUGCCCCCAGCCUGGCCGUGGAGCCUCCUGGGAACCUCGGUGUCUCAGCACUCAGGGAGCCCCAUUGUCAACCCAGCCCUGGAGGAGGGGGUGGGGCGAGGCUACUGGGAGACAAAGGGGACAGAGGCGACUUCUACCCCUGGGCCCCCACCCGCAGGGGUGGGGUUAGACAGAAACCAGUGCCUUCAAGUCAUUUGUGUCAAACUAUAUGGUGCUGGGAGGAGGCGUGUCCUCCGGCAAUAAACACUGCUGCCCUGCC